GAUCUUUAUUCCUCUGCUUUGCUUCGUCUUCCUCGUCGCUUUCUUCGUCCCUCCUAACCUAAAAGCUCUAGCUUUCCUUGGUUUUCAUCGGGAACCACCGGAAAGAUCGCUCCUUUCGCGCUCUGAUCACGGUUUCCUUGUUAGAUUCGAAGAACUUUGUCGGCUUCACGAAGAGCUGUGUCGGAGGUGAUUAACCUUAAAUUUCAGUUGGUUCUUGGUACCUGGUGAUGAAUGGAGGACGCCCGAGGGAGCUCGAAUUCCCCUCCUCCUUUCCUCCUUAAGACCUACGACAUGGUGGACGAUCCUUCGACGGACUCCAUUGUCUCAUGGAGCGCCUCCGACGCGAGCUUCGUCGUGUGGAGCCUGCCGGAUUUUUCUAGGGAUUUGCUGCCCAAGUAUUUCAAGCACAAUAACUUCUCCAGCUUUGUGAGGCAGCUCAAUACCUAUGGUUUCCGAAAGAUAGAUCCUGACCGGUGGGAGUUUGCAAAUGAGUAUUUUGUUCGAGAACAGAGACACCUUCUGAGAAACAUAUACAGGCGCAAACCAGUUCAUAGUCAUUCGAACCCCUCCUCUAGUCCAUUAGCAGAAGCUGAGAGACAGGAGCUCAAUGAGGAGAUCGAGAGGCUCAAGCAAGAAAGGCUUAUACUUUUGAAUGAGCUUCAGAUGCACACCUACCAUUACAAUGGAAUCGAGCAGCAAAUACAGUCCUUGGAGGACAGACUUCAGGCUAUGGAAAAUAGACAAGGAAGUUUAGUUGCCUACUUGAAACGAGUCAUACAAGAACCCCAAUUCCUCUCGGAGCUUCAGAGGAACAAGAAGAGGAGAUUGCCAAAAAUCGUGUUUUUGGAAGAGGAUUCAGACUCGGUAGGAGAUCCACAAAUGGUUUCAUUGCACGCAAUUGACAUGGGGGCUUUUGAGAAAAUGGAAUCACCCUUGAAUUCAUUGGAGAAUAUUUUCAGAGGUGUUGGCCAAGCAUUCGAAGACAUGUUCUAUGACAGUAUUGUUCCUUUUCCAUUGGAUGUAAUUUCAACCGAGAUGAAUGCAUCGACAGCGAAAACCAGCAAACAUCUGCGAGCACUGUUGCCUGACGUUCGACCUUCUUCAGCCAAAGUGGUAGAUAUUCAUCCAUUUUCAGAUAUAACAAAAUGCAAAAAUCAAACAGAUUCACAAACCAAGGUUUCUACCGAUAUGAAAUCAGAACCAACUGCAACAGAAGUCUACUCACCAAGAAAUCAAAAUACAAAUGAUGGAUUUUGGGAACAAUUUCUUACUGAGGUUCCAGGUUCUUCUGGUACGCAGGGAAUCCAGUCUAAAGGAAAAGAUUCAGAUAGCAAACCAAGUGCAGAAAAGCUGCGAGAACAACAAAGCACAUGUUGGAACUGGAAAGACAUGGAUCACCUUGCUGUAAAUUCCAACUUCAGUAGGGAAGAACUGAUGAUGUGAACUUCCUUGUUUCUGGUUAAUACUGAAUUGGAACUCAUAGUAGUCAUGUAUGAUAGAAUCGAUUGUGUUUUUGAUUCGUUAUAUUGAUUGCCUUCUUGUUCAGGAGGCAACUUGUAGCUUUGUCCCCUUUGUAAUGUAUCCUUUUGAAGUACGUUGGAUCAUGUAGCAUGUAACUUUUGAUAUGGUUAGGGAUCAAAUCAAAAUAUGCUUGUGCCUCCAUUUUUUCCUUGAGUAACACUCU